UUCACUCUGUGAUCGAUGGUUCUGUCUGAACGCAGGGCGGAAGUAAGGGCACCGCUGUCAGCUGCUGAAUUUGUUCAGGAUCGGACUGGUCUGAAAGUCGCGCGGAGGGACGAUGGAGACACGCGCACGAUGGAGCUCCUGUCCAGCGUGGUGAAUAAAGUGUUUCAGCUCUCGCUCUUCUCCGACCCAAAGAAUGUUCAGAGGACCAAGAAAAUGGAGGAGAAAGCGCUAGAGGUUUACGAUGUAAUUCGCACGAUUCGGGAUCCAGAGAAGCCCAAUACCUUGGAGGAGCUGGACGUUGUGACUGAAAAGUGUGUUGAAGUUCAAGAUCUUGGCGAUGAUGAAUACCUCAUCAUUAUCAAGUUCUCCCCGACUGUACCACACUGCUCUCUGGCCACACUGAUUGGCCUCUGCUUACAAGUAAAGCUACAGCGAUGCCUCCCAUUUAAGCACAAGCUGGAAAUUUACAUUACUGAGGGAACACAUUCAACAGAAGAAGAUAUUAACAAACAGAUCAAUGAUAAGGAGCGGGUAGCGGCAGCCAUGGAGAACCCUAAUCUGCGGGAAAUAGUGGAGCAGUGUGUUACUGAGCCUGAUGACUGAGACGUCCUUAUAAACACAUACACGCACACAUGCUUUUUUUAUGUGUGAACGUGGCCUGAAUGACUGAUGCUUCUUUUGAUUUGCUUUUAGAAAGGCUCUGAAGGGUAAGUGAUGUGUUGAUUGACGGUAGUUAGCUCUGUUGACUCUUUGCCUUCUCUGCAAGCAGCAGUCGAGGCAAAUAAAACUCAAAGAUCAAUCUGACAGCAAUAAGCCCUGGUUUAUCAGCCUGAUGGUUUCUGGUCAGGGAGUUCUCGGAAUGGAAAAUAGCUGGAUAAAGUUAAGGCAGACUGAAUCUGAAUUUUUCAGACGUCCCAAGAGUUAUGAGACUGAUGCCCAGAUGGAGGAGAACGUCUGUAUUUGUUUGUCAAGUUCCAGUUGGUUUGCCUUUUUAAUAUUCUGACUGAGUUAAAGGUCAUUGAUGAAAAUAUAAAAUGUUUUCUUAGGCACAGAGCCAAGCUAGUGAAAAUGCUAACUUCCUCCCAGACUCUCUGUCCCCAAUCAUGAUGAAAACUCUUUACUCUGUUUUCUUGACUCUGUUUGUUCAGAGUGUUUCAGCUGCUCAAAUUAACAAUAAUCAGUUCAGGUCAAUAUCUCUUAUCAUAACCUUUCACUGUAUUAUCAUCAUAAAGGUGAUGAAAUUCCCUAGCCGUAAUUGUAUGAAGCUUACUAUGUCGUCUGUGUACGUCUCAGCUGGAAAUUUCCUGUCAUUUCUUUUCUGGGUCAGUUAUUCUUCCUGAUUGUUCUUUCUGUCCUCAUUCAGCCUUUAAAAAUAAAUCAACUUCCUUAUUGAAGCCUACCAAAUUUUAUAUGAUGAGUGUUUAUAUAUAUAUAUAUAUAUUUGAUAUGUUAAGAGGUUAAUCUGUAUAAAGAAUAAACUCUUCUUGUAAAAAGUC